AAUUUGUCCAUGUUUGCUUGCCGUACUUUAUGAAAGGAAGAUGGCGGAUGUUAAACAAGAAAGUUUUCAAACAGGAAAAGUUGAAGACGUAUCCAUCAUGACCUUUAACGAGAUUCGGCAGGUUAAAAUGAACCAUAACACCUGUGGAGGAUUUCACCUCCUUCCUAAUAUUUGAGGAAGGACCCUCUGAAUCCCACUCCCAUCUGUUUAAGCACACAGCCCAGGUGGCCAACCUACAGACUUUGCCUGCCUUACUGUAAUGAGCCUGUGCUCGCCCUCGUAAAUGUGCAGGUCGUUACGCUACUGUGUUAGUCACUGUCUGUACGCCGCCAUGACCCGACUGGAAGAAGCAAACAGGGAGGUCGGCAUGCUGUCACCCGUUCGGUUCCUGGGCUAUCUGUCCAGCCUGAGCCUGCUGGUGGCCAUUUGCCUGGGCCUGUACGUGCGUUGGGAGAAGACCGCGGAAGCCACCAUCCUGGUCAUCUUCAUCCUGGGCCUGUUCGUCCUGGGAAUCGCCAGCAUACUGUACUACUAUUUCUCCAUGGAGGCGGCGAGCAUGAGCCUCUUCCACCUGUGGUUCGGUUUCCUGCUGGGGCUGCUCUGUUUCCUCAACAGCCCCGCCCUGCAGAACGACGUCAAGGAGGAGGCCACCAACUACCUGCUGCUGGCCAGCGUGGUGCUGAGGACCCUGUGGGCGCUGCUGGAGCGGGUCCGCGGCCGGGUGCGGCACCGGCCGACCCUCCUGACCUCGGCCGAGUUCCUGGAGCUGGUGGGGUUCGCCAUCGCCAGCACCACCAUGCUGCUCCACAAGGCGCUCAGCCUGAUCGUCCUGGUGGUGGCCCUGGCCGUGCUGGUGGUGGACCUCCGGAUGAAGUCCUUCCUGGCCCUCCCGAACCUGGCCUGCUUCGCCGCCGUCACCUCGACGGUGUUCUUCGGGGCCCUGGACAUCCAGGCCAACCCGUUCGCCCUGUCCUGCUACCUGAGCCGGCUGCUCUGCGACCCCCUGCUGGACGUCUACUUCAGCGGGCUGUCGGUGACCGAGCGCUGGCUGCCCUUCCUGACGCGAGGCCCGGUCCUGCGCCGGCUCACGGUGCUCCCGCUGGGCCUGGCCGAGCUGGCCUUCCUGGCGCUGGCCGCCGUCAAGCUGGCCGACCUGGAGCUGUGGUACGUGGUGAUCCCCAGCUUCUGCGUCUCAGCCGUCUUCUGGGCCGUCUGCCACGCCAUCCUGGUGGUCACGCUCUGGGGCUUCCACUCCAAGCUGGGCGAAUGCCAGAAGGUCUAUGGCGCCCAGCGCGGCGAGGGCCGGAGCCUGGACAGGGUCAUGGCCUCCAAGGGCAUGCGCCACUUCUGCCUCAUCUCCGAGCGCCUGGCCUUCUUCAGCCUCCUGUCCACCGCCAUCCUGGCAGCCAUUUCCUGGCAGCCAAACAGCGGGACCUUCCUGAGCAUGCUCCUCUUGAUCCUGCCCCUGGAGUCGCUGGUCCACGGCCUCUUCCACGAGCUGGGGAACUGCCUGGGGGGCACCUGUGUGGGCUACGCGCUGGUCAUUCCCACAAGCCACUGCAGCGCUGACGGACAGCCGGCCCUGCUCCCGCCGGACCUGGUCCAGGAGCUGAACCUGCGCUCCACGGGCAUGCUGAACAGCAUCCAGCGCUUCUUCUCGCACCACAUGAUCGAGCCGUACAGCUGCGACUACUCCACGGCGGGCAUGCCCCUGGACAGCCUGCAGGCCAAGCUGAGGGCCUUCCUGGAGCUCCGCACCGCCGACGGGCCCCGCCACGACACCUACCUGGUCUACUACAGCGGCCACGCCCAGCGCUCCGGGGACCUGGCCCUCGCAGGCGGGGACACGCUCCGAUUGGACGAGGUGCUGGAGUGGUGGAGGGAGAAGAACGGCGGGUUUUGCUCGCGUCUCAUCCUCGUGCUGGACACGGAGAACUCGCUGCCGUGGGUGAAGGCGGUCAAGGGUGUGGACGAGCUCUUCGUGGCAGUGCAGGGGGCGGAGCUCAGGCGGCCGGUGGACGCCGAGUCUCCGCCCCCUCAGCUGGGUGACUUCAGCACCGAGUGGGUGGAGUUCAACUGCGACCCCGACAGCACAAUUCAGUGGGCGGAGAAAGGGCGGACCGUGCUGGCGUCCUACGGCGUCUCCAAGAGGUGGAGCGACUACACCCUGCACCUGCCCACAGGAAGUGACGUCACCAAGCACUGGAAGACCUACUUCCCCAAGGUGACCUACCCGCUGGUCUACCUGGCCAACUGGUGCGGGGGUCUGAACCUGCUCUGGGCCUGCAGCAUGUGCCUGCGUUGCUUCCGGAGGCUCAAGAUGGCCUGGUUUCCCCCCAACAUCCUGGACACCGGCCAAGGGUUCAAGCUGGUCAAAUCCUAACUCGCCACCGUUUAAAAGAGUUUUUAUUUAGCUGUACCGAUUAUGUAUGUACGUUAUAUUUUUCAAAUGUAAUAUAACUGUCUCUCCCCCACUGUUCAAGGGCUGUUUUGUUUCUUUUUUUGUUUUUUUUUAAAUUUGCAUCGGCUUGUGUUUGUCGUCUCUCCCACCGAGUUGAUUUGUAUGUUUGGUUACGUUGAAAGUUGUUGUUCCCUACUUAAUGGGCAGCUGUUGGGUCUGGAUGGGACUCCUGGUGAUGAUGGUCACUGUGUUGAGCUUGGUCUGUUACCUGAACGGGCGGGUAGAGUGACAGUGUUUAGCCUCUCAGAGGAAGUGUACAUAGGAUCUCUCGAUAUUGGUGUGGUUGUCUUAAGAUGCAUUGAAAACCGCUGGCUUUAUGAAUGAACGACAGGUACCUGGUCAUGUGAUUAUGAAGCUGGCUUAUUUGGUGCUUGAGAAGUGGAGGUUUGUUGUCUUUUGUGUAAUGGCUGAUAACCAUACUCCUUUAGGCCUUGAAUGACAGGGAAAUCGUAAGUUUGACUUUGAGUGGUACUUUGUUAACUUAUACACUGACUGAAUUUUUAGGCCAAAUUUUCCAGCAGGUUAUUGGUAGAAAAACUACGUAAAUAAACUGCCCUGUAAAGGAAUGGGUCUGGUUGCUUACCCUGCCCUGUACCCAAAACUAUGUGUACUGAAAUAGACCGGCGGUCUCUUAAUGCUAUGAAGAUGAUGGGCAUUUGAGAAUUGUGUUCUAGUCACUGCACAGGGGAAGCAGAAUUUGUUUCUCGUUUACUGACUGAUGUAUUAAAAUGGCAUUAGAACAGUCAUCAUUGCACCUUACUGGUACAGACACAGAGUCUGCCAAUAGCAACCUGUAGAAUAAUGCUGACAGUGAUUGGAGGACACUACUUCCUGGUAAUACUGAGACAAAAUCAGGAAGACUGUAAAAUCAGGCCAGAGAUUUCACAAUGGAAGGGAGCCAAUGACAUGAGAACUGGGACUGUUUGGUGGCUGCCGCUACUCAGAUGAUUCCCCCUAUUAGUGCCUUUGCGCCUCCUGGUGGUGAAAUGGGGGUAGUGCUGUUACGCUGGGGGAGCUGCUCAGUUUGUUUCUGAUUUCUGAAAUGUUUCUGUUUCUGAUUCCAUAUGUCACAGCUUGCACAAGUGGAAGCCCAAACACAGGGGCAGUAAUUUGUAGUGGUUGGGUCGUCAGUAAUCGACUCUUGCAAACUGAAGUGUUCUGAUUGGCGUGUUUUUAGUGGGGCGGUGGGGUAAGGUGGAUCAGAAAAGGCCUUCUUGCCUGGCCUUGUGGGGGAUGUUGCCUAGAGUUUCCCCAACUGGGGUCUGUGAAUGAGUCCUCAACACAAUUGGAGGGCAAAAAAUAAGCCUUCCGAAACCAACCCCCCCCCAUCUCUUGACAUUACAAAUUCAAUGC